AUGUCUGUCUCCUCUUACAAUGUGAGUUCUGCAAGGCUGUUCCUGUGUGCUCCCUCUGUGUGAUACCAACAUACUGUACAUGCUGGUGUUUUCUCUGAUUCAUGUUUUUCACUGAUUUCUUAUCAGUAUGCAUUUAAGGCCACUGUGCUGUUCGUUUGUAGUCUGUAUCCACGCUCUAGUCAUUGUCAUUGUGAGAAUGGUCUAUUACAGCUGAAUAGUAAGCAGUUUCAAUAUAUUAUCAGUUCUAAAAUGUAAGACUGAUGUACAUGAGAAUAGAGAAUGCUUUAGACCUGAAUGUAUCCCUCAAACCAUGAAUAAGGAUCACAGAGCAUUGCCUUUGUUUUGGUGUAGUCCAUCUCUUCCUCUUCCCUGUGUGUCGCAGAUAAAAAUGUCCCAGGUGAAACAGGUGGGCCUGCUGGCUGCCGGGUGCCAGCCCUGGAACAAAGAUGUGUGUGCUGCCAGUGGAGACCGGUUUGCUUACUGUGCAACACUCGCUAUAUAUGUCUACAAGGUAAUUAGCUUGACAAACAUUGGUGUGUGUGUGUGUGCAUGUGUGCGUGCGUGCAUCUGUCUUUGUGUGUGUUCUCUCACUUCUUUGUCUAAAGGACAUUCAAAAGAGAUAUCUAAUCUUCAAGUGAUUUCUAUCAUUGACGUUUUCAUUAUCUAUCAUUAUCUGUACUAUUCUAUCUGUUUACAAAUGCAACACCAAUGCCAAUAUAUUCCUCAUCGUUCCCAUCUGUACCCAUGUAGUUGGACCACAGAUACAAUGAGUUCAAGCUUCGAGCCAUCAUGUCAGAGCACAAGAAGACCAUCACGGCCAUAUCGUGGUGCCCACACAACCCCGAGGUGUUCGCCAGUGCCAGCGCUGACAACCUGCUCAUCAUCUGGAAUGUGGCAGAGCAGAAGAUUGUGGCCAGGCUGGAUAACACCAAAGGUACUGAUAAUGAACUAUGUCCAAUGGAGGCAGAUGUACAGGGGGAAUGGGUGGGCCAGAGGGUAAUGUUCAGUAGGGAGAAAACGUUUUGAAACACAGUGAAACAAGGUGGAGCAGAAAGCUGUGGCCAGACUAGAUGAUAUCAAAUGUACUGAACAUAAUGCAAAAGAUACUGGUUCUAAUCAAUCAUCAGAAUGGAAAUGAGGAAUGACUGUAGACCAGUGGUAAGGGAGUUUACCUAGGAGUAGGCUCCUCUUUAGACACAACUGAUGGGAGAUGUGUCAGUGAGGUUAGAGAGAGUAGGCUGUGUGAGAGGUUAGAGAGAGUAGGUUGGGUUGCCUUGGGAGGGUGACUCAGUGUAGUGAAGUGUUUGUGUGCUUACUAAUGUCAUUAGUACUGGCUAUUGUUGCUGCUACACUGACUCCUAUCAGGAAGGAGAUGGCUGAUGGCUGGGUGGGUUGGUGUUAUUUGUUUUCCUAGGAGAGAGAGAGAGUGUGUGUGGGUGGGUGUGUGUGUUUGUUUGUGUGUGUUUUCUUUUUGUGUGUGUGUUUUCUGUGUGUGUUUUCUCUUUCUGUCUGUCUGUGUGUGUGUGUGUUUGUGUGUGUGUGUGUGUGUGUGUGUGUGUGUGUGUGUGUGUGUGUGUGUGUGUGUGUGUGUGUGUGUGUGUGUGUGUGUGUGUGUGUGUGUGCGAGUGUAUCUAAUGUGUCUCUAACCCUUGUGUACCAUCACCCAGGCAUCCCAGCGUCUCUGAGCUGGUGCUGGAACGCGGGUGACGGUGUGGCGUUUGUGUCCCACCGGGGCCCUCUCUACCUGUGGGCCAUCAGUGGGCUGGACGCCGGCGUUACCGUCCACAAGGAGGCACACAGCUUCCUGUCCGACAUCUGUCUGUUCCGCUGGCACCCCGUCAAGAAGGGCAAGGUGGCGUUCGGACACACGGACGGGAGCCUCUCCAUCUUCCAGCCAGGUAAGACUGAGGCUGCAUCUCAAUAGUCUAAAGAUUGUCUAGACUGAGGCUGCAUCUCAAGUCUAAAGAUAGUCUAGACUGAGGCUGCAUCUCAAUAGUCUAAAGAUAGUCUAGACUGAGGCUGCAUCUCAAGUCUAAAGAUUGUCUAGACUGAGGCUGCAUCUCAAUAGUCUAAAGAUAGUCUAGACUGAGGCUGCAUCUCAAUAGUCUAAAGAUAGUCUAGACUGAGGCUGCAUCUCAAUAGUCUAAAGAUAGUCUAGACUGAGGCUGCAUCUCAAUAGUCUAAAGAUAGUCUAGACUGAGGCUGCAGCUCAAUAGUCUAAAGAUAGUCUAGACUGAGGCUGCAUCCCAAUAGUCUAAAGUUAGUCUAGGCUGAGGCUGCAUCUCAAUUGUCUAAAGUGGCUUCCUCUCUUUGUCUUAUCUCCUUCAUCUGCACUGAUGUGAAAGAACUGGGCAGGCAUUUCCCUGUUAUUACAAUUUUACAUUUGAGUCAUUUAGCUAGCAGACACUCUUAUCCAGAGGAAGAUAAUCCUGCUGCAACAGGAAAUGUGAAUUAUUAUGUUGAUUAUAAUUCAUGGAUAUUUUUUGAUGGGGUUGAUACGUUUUUAGUUAGGGCAAAUCAAGACUGACAUUUUAAAGUAGAAAUUACAAACUUUAGAAUCCUUUUUAAACCUCGAAUACACUACAAGUUUGCAUUUCCUGCUGUGCAGGAAAAUUCUCAGCAACAAAAGAGUGAUCAAAUUAAGAUCCUACAUCUGUAGACCCUUCUUCAAAAUAGCCGCUAUCAGCAGAAUCAGUGCCAGGAAGACCUUUAAAUAUGUAGUUAUUGACAGUUUCUUCCACACGAGCCCUUUAUUAGGUACCUCCAGAUAUUUGAUUAGGGGCUGUGUUGACUUUAUUUAGUCAGUUGAUGCAGUAGGUCUCCUCUCCUGUCCUAGGAUCUAAAAACCAGAAGCACGUGUUGCGCCCGGAGUCUUUAGAGGGGACAGACGAGGAGGACCCGGUCACAGCAUUGGAGUGGGACCCCCUGUCUACAGACUACCUCCUAGUGGCCAACUUGCAUAAUGGCAUCAGAAUGGUAGACUCAGAAGGGCUGACCUGUGUCACUACCUUCAGCUUCCCCAGUUCAGCUGCCUCAGUACAGUGUCUGGCCUGGGUCCCCAGCGCACCCGGCAUGUUCAUCACUGGAGGUAAGGACAUAUUGGGGUAGGGUAUAAGUGGUAGGGUACAGUGGGUUAGGGUGCAGUUCAGCUGCCUCAGUACAGUGUCUGGCCUGGGUCCCCAGCGCACCCGGCAUGUUCAUCACUGGAGGUAAGGAACAGAAGCUGGGUUAUGGGAUAGGGCUUAAGGGGUUAGGGUACUGGGGGUUAAGGUAAGGUCAUAGCCCUGGGUUUGUUUCUUUACAUGAGGUAGGGUAUGUUUAUCAAUGUAGGUAGCUAGAGGUCAGCUGUGUAGGGCUCUUGCCUUUAGAACUUGAGUCAAUACCACUGUUUCAACUUGUUCCUUCUUUUUCCAGAUUCUCAAGUUGGUGUGUUGAGGAUAUGGAACGUGUCAAGAUCUACACCUCUUGACAACUUCAAACUGAAGAAGACCGGCUUCCAUGCUUUACAUGUGUUAAACUCUCCCCCAGCCAAGAAAUGUAAGCAUUAGACACAUUACUGACACAUUAGCUCUGAUAAUCCACAAAUUACGGUAGAAUCCACAGUCUACAGUACACUCUUAGAAAAAACGGUGCUGUCUACAGUAGGAUCUAAAAGGGUUCUUCAGCUGUCCCAAUAGGAGAACCCUUUGAAGAACCCUUUUUGGUUCCAGGUAAAAAACCUUUUGGGUUUCAUGUACAACUCUUUCCACAUAGAGUUCUAUAUGGAACCCAAAAGGGUUCUACCUAGAACCAAAAAGGGUUCUACCUGGAACCAAAAAGGGUUACCCUACAUGGACAGCCGAAGAACCCUUGUGGCUCACUUUUUUCUAAAAGUGUAUAAUAACUUCAGAGUUUUGGAUAUGAAUGACUGAUCUUGUGCAAUAAGAUAUCUCUUGGAAAAAGAGUAACUUUUCUGUAGCAUAGUUCUUUCCCCCAUUCUCGCUAUCACCUGACCUCUCCAUUAUUUACUUCCUACUCUUUUCAGCCAUGAGCUCCGUCUCCCCGACAAAGAACCACCACACGUCAUCCACCAGUGAGGCUGUUCCUCCUCCUACUCUAUCCCAGAACCAGGCCUUCUCCCUCCCCCCGGGCCACGCUGUCUGCUGCUUCAUGGACGGAGGGGUGGGGCUCUACGACAUGGGAGCCAAGAAGUGGGACUUCCUACGAGACCUGGUGAGGGAGGGAGGGAGGGAGGGGAGGAGAUGGGGGGGUGAGGAGGAAAGGAGAAGGGAGAGGAUGGAGAGAGGGAACAAGGGAGGGAAAAGAAUGGGGGGACAAGUGAUAGCAAGGGAGGUAGGGGAAUUGGGAUGAUCCUAACAGCAUUCUUCUAUCUAUUGUUUGUGUCUGGAAUUCUAUUGUACAUAACUCCCAAUCCAGUUCAUAUUGAAGAAGACCUGAUCAUGAAACAAUAUGUUGUUCUCAGGGUCAUGUUGAGACCAUAUUUGACUGUAAAUUCAAGCCAGACGACCCCAACCUGUUGGCGACAGCCUCGUUUGACGGGACCAUUAAGGUGUGGGACAUCAACACCCUCACGGCGGUGUAUACCUCUCCCGGCAACGAGGGUGUGGUCUACUCUCUGUCCUGGGCUCCUGGUAAGACAUGGGGAGAGAACACACACAGACCAUAAUACUUUGGGUGUUUCUCAAUAUGCAUACUAUUGUGCUCCACACGCUCGUGCUCCGAGUGCAUUCUCCGAGGACGUUCUCUUGAGUGCGUUCUUGUGAGGACGAGAGUGUGGAGAACAAAAGUAUGUGGACACCUGCUCAUCAAACAUCUCAUUCCAAAAUCAUGGGCAUUAAUAUGGAGUUGGUCCCCCCUUUGCUGCUAUAACAGCCUCCACUCUUCUGGGAAGGCUUUUCACUAGAUGUUGGAACAUUGCAACGGGGACUUACUUCCAUUCAGCCACAAGAGCAUUAGUGAGGUCAGCACUGUUGUUGGGCCAUUAAGCCUGGCUUGCAGUCGGCGUUCCAAUUCAUCCCAAAGGUGUUGGAUGGGGUUAAGGUCAGGGUUCUGUGCAGGCCAGUCAAGUUCUUCCACACCGAUUUCCACAAACCAUUUCUGUAUGGACCUCGCUUUGGCUUUCCCCAAACUGUUGCCACAAAAUUGGAAGCACAGAAUCGUCUAGAAUGUCAUUGUAUGCUGUAGCAUUAAGAUUUCCCUUCACUGGAAUUAAGGGGCCUAGCCCGAACCAUGAAAAACAGCCCCAGACCUUUACAGUUGGCACUAUGCAUUGGGGCAGGUAGCGUUCUCCUGGCAUCCGCCAAACCCAGAUUUGUCCUUAGGACUGCCAGAUAGUGAAGCGUGAUUCAUCACUCCAGAGAACGCAUUUCCACUGCUCCAGAAUCCAAUGGCGGCAAGCUUUACACCACUCCAGCUGAUGCUUGGCAUUGUGCAUGGUGAUCUUAGGCUUGUGUGCGGCUGCUCGGCCAUGGAACCCCAUUUCAUGAAGCUCCUGACGAACAGUUCUUGUGCUGACGUUGCUUCCAGAGUCAGCUUGGAACUCGGUAAUGAGUGUUGCAACCGAGGACAGACAAUGGCGUUCCCGUUCUGUGUGCUUGUGUGGCCUACCACUUUGCGGCUGAGCCGUUGUUGCUCCUACACGUUUUCACUUCACAAUAACAGCACAUACAAAUGACCGGGGCAGCUCUAGCAGGGCAGACACUUGACGAACUGACUUGUUGGAAAGGUGGCAUCCUAUGACAGUGCCACGUUGAAAGUCACUGAGCUCUUCAGUAAGGCCAUUCUACUGCCAAUGUUUGUCUAUGGAGAUUGCAUGGCUGUGUGCUCGAUUUGAUAUAUCUGUCAGCAACGGGUGUGGCUGAAAUAGCCGAAUGCACUAAUUUGAAGGGGUGUGCACAUACUUUUGUGUAUAUAGUAUAUGAGAUGUGAAUGGGCAACAUUUCAUUAAUUUUCUCUCGCUUCAGCUCAAAUAAUGGCUAUUGAUUUCAAUACAUUUUGCGUGUUUAUUUACGUGGUUGCGUCAUAUUUCUGUGCACACUUUCCGUUGAAGCUUGCAUCUACGCAUGCUUCAAAAUAUUUACAAACGGAGUAGGCAGCCGACAAGUGCACUCCAUGCACCGUUUCGCAUACUUUGAUUUGGACUCAUACUCUGACCCUCCCAUGCUCUAAUUUGAAACACCCUUUAUAUACCAUCAUUCGUCAUGUUGACUUUUAUUGUGAAAACUGCUCUGCUGGUGAUAAAUAAAUUUUUUAUGAAUGCCUUAAGUAUAUCCUUUCAAGUAAAGUGUUAAUGUGAGUUAUUUUCCAUUAAUAAUGAGUUACUGAAUAUACAUUAAGAAGCAAAUGUUAUGGAUUUUUUGAAUGAUUCAAACCAGGUUGAUAUGAAAUAUGUUGCGCUUUCUUGAGUUAGUCGUAAAUAUGUCUCUUGUUAUCUUUGUGUGUGUUCUUCGAAAGGAGACCUGAACUGCAUAGCCGGAGCCACGUCCCGGAACGGUGCAUUCAUCUGGGAUGUGAAGAAAGGCAAGAUGAUCACACGAUUCAAUGAAGUACGUCAACAACACUGACGAAGAACAUGACAGUCAUAAGGGCAUUUCACACUACUGAGCCGAACCGAGCUAAACCUGUGCUAAAGCUGCACUGAGAUAUCCUGGUUACGCAUCCACUAGCCAGCACAGUUUGGUUUGGGUCGGCACGAUAUGGUGAAAAGGUUCAUAGAGUAAUCUAUCAAUAAUCUCUUGAGUUUAUCAAUCUUUUUUUUAUGUCAUAGCCUUUUUGUUCCCUUGUGUACUUAACAGCAUGGGAAGAGUGGGAUCUUCUGUAUCGCAUGGAGCCAUAAGGACUCUAAAAGAAUAGCUACGUGUAGCGGGGAUGGCUUUUGCAUUAUAAGGACUAUCGAUGGCAGGGUCUUACACAAGUACAAGCACCCUGCUGCUGUGUUUGGUUGUGACUGGAGCCAGAAUAACAAGUAAGAGUCCAGUUGUAUAGUUCGCCUUUCAUACUGUAUAACAAGUAUAGUGGAAGAUAUAGUUACCUACUGUAUAUUCUACUAGAUCUUAUAUUCUCUCUCUCUCGCCUUCGAGGGAGAGAGAGGGAGAGAGAAGAGAGAAGGGAGAGGGGAGAGGAGAGAGAGAGAGAGGAGAGAGAGGAGAGAGAGAGAGAAGAGAGAGAGGAGAGAGAGAGAGGAGAGAGAGAGGGAGAGAGAGAGAGAGAGAGAGGGAGGGAGAGAGAGAAGAGAGGAGAGAGAGAGAGAGAGAGAGAGAGGAGAGAGAGAGAGAGAGAGAGAGAGAGAGAGAGAGAGGAGAAGAGAGAGAGAGAGAGAGAGAGCAGAGAGAGGAGAGAGAGAGAGAAGAAGAGAGAGAGAGAGAGGAGAGAGUAGAGAGAGAGUGAGAGCGAGAGAGCGAGAGAAUUAAUAUUAGAGCGAUCUCUCUCUCUCUCUUCUCCUCUCUCCUCUCUCUCUCUCUCUCUCUCUCUCUCUCUCUCUCUCUCUCUCUCUCUCUCUCUCUCUCUCCCUUUCUCCAUUCCCAGAGACAUGAUAGCCACGGGUUGUGAGGAUAAGAACGUGCGUGUGUACUACCUGGCCACCAGUUCUGACCAGCCACUCAAGGUGUUCACGGGUCACCUGGCCAAGGUCUUCCACGUGCGCUGGUCUCCUCUCCGAGAGGGUAUUCUCUGCAGUGGCUCCGAUGACGGGUACAUGCAGUACAUUCAUACAUUAUUCAUAUAGGUUCUUUCACUGUGUCUCACAGCACAUUGCAAUAGGGUAAUUCAUCACAUCCACCAAUGUGUAACAGUACCUGAAUAAUGCAUGGUAAUCACUUUGUACUGAUACACAGAUACUCAUGGUAGUUAUUUGAUAUGCUUCCAUUAUGAAUACAGAUGCCAUUGGUUUGAGUAGUCACUCUAUUAUGUAUAUGGGAGUCCGAAUAUAACCUCUAUCUUUCUCUCUCUCUCUCUCUCUCUCUCUCUCUCUCUCUCUCUCUCUCUCUCUCUCUCUCCCCCCCCCUCCCCCUCUCCAGGACUGUGCGUAUCUGGGACUAUACCCAGGAUGCCUGUAUCAAUGUGCUGAGUGGUCACACGGCGCCGGUCCGAGGCCUGAUGUGGAACACGGAGGUGCCCUACCUGCUGACCAGCGGUAGCUGGGACUACACCAUCAAAGUCUGGGACACCAGGGACGGAACCUGCCUAGACACCUGCUACGACCAUGGAGCUGAUGUUUAUGGUACUAGUCCUAAGUAAUGAAUCAGUAUAGGUGACUGGAAAAGUCUAUGGUACUAGUCCACAGUGAUGAGUCAAUGAGUGAGAAGAAACAAUGGUCCUCCAAUACUAGAGUUUGGCCUACUGUUGGAUUCUUGGAGGAUAUCAGAAUGUGUAUGACAUCUAACAACAUGCUCCUGAUCAAAUUGAAGUUUCAAACUGGAACACCAUACUGCAGGGAUAAUGAAAUAGAUUCAGCCAGAGCCGAUUAUUUAUUGAGUGGAUGCCGGAACAUAAUUACAAACAAUUUGAAGACUGCAAAUUGACCGCAAGAAGCCCAAAUAGAUAUAAUAUUUGACUAAAACAUUAUCAUCUCAAACCUUGCCUGCAUUUGUAUACGAUCACAUAUAUCUCUCUAUUAUGUGUGGGAAUCAAAAUUAAAAUCACUUGAAGCUGAUUUGCUGGUGUUUUCACAGCCUUUUAUGUACAACAAGAAAAAAUACAAAAUAUAGGGGGGUAUUUGUUCAGAAAACUUGAGGGGCCAAAUAAAGUUGGGGAAACCUGCCAUGCUUUAUAGAGGCCACUGAAUGUGAAAAGAAAUAUACAGUUACACUGUUUCUGUAAUGCUGUAACCUGAUCUGAUUCCCCCAGGCCUGACCUGCCACCCCAGCCGUCCCUUCACCAUGGCCUCGUGUUCCCGGGACUCUACAGUCAGGCUGUGGUCCCUCACUCCGCUCAUCGCUCCGCUCCUGGUCAACAUCCUGGCUGACCACAGCUGGGACGACAUCAUCGGCAACACGGGUCAGUCAAAUGUUCCGAUACUGAAGAAAUGUUUUGUGUAGAACAUGUACAGUGGUGUAGUGGAGUGUAACGCACUUAAACACCCUUAUUUUGUGCAAGCGUUUACCCACCUUUUGCUAAAAGAAUGCAUUGAAAAUAUAGGGAGCGUAACUUUACUCUCCGCGAACUGCAAUUAGCGUUCGCCCGUCAAUUUUUUUUACCACUACAUCACUGGCCAUGUAGAAUAAGGAAUCGUGUUAGUUCUAUGUGCUACAUUUCUGUAUACACUCCAGGAUUAGGGAUUCAUCAGUGAACACUCUUUAUCACUCUCCCAUCAGUCAAUAGCCCUAUGACAGAGAGAUAUUGCUACAGUGUUGAUUACUCAUAACAUCAAUAUGGAACAGUUUAAAUUGCUAUCAUUAGCUCAUGAUGUGGUCUGCACGAUGGUAUGACUCCUCUUCCUCUGUCUAUGCUGUGAGAGAGUGAUAAGACGACAGAGCGUCACAAGAACAAUUAUUCUGAAUGACAUCAUUCUGAAUCUGUGCGUGUCUGUAUUGUAGAGUACUAUAUCCCCUCCUCUCCUCCAGAUAGGGCCAUGGUACCUGGUGCUACCCCACUGCUCUGUGGGAAGGUGUCCAGAGACAUCAAGCAUGAGCUGGACAAACUCUCCAGUGAAGUACGGAUGAAGAAACUCAGGUGGUUCUCCGAAUGUUUCUCUGUGAGUAUAUUUACUUGCAAUUUUCCUUAAAUGAAUUGUACUCUAUUUACAGUCAUUUAGUUAUUCCAUUCCCAUAGUCCAUAGUUUAAUCUGAUGGUUUGAUGGAAGUAUAGUCGUUUUUUCCUUGGUAUAGUUUUACAUCAUCAGGUAUCCUUCAAGUUAGUACUCCUAUUUGGUAGUCAAAUUGAUAAUAUUAGCACAUAUUACUGGAAUCACUAUGCAUUAUGUACAUGCUACCCACACUUAUGAAGUGCUUAUGAAGUGCUUAUGAAGUGCUUAUGAAUACUUUUUCUCUGUUCUUGCCUCCAGCCACCAGGGGGCAGUCAUAACCUGUGGGACCUGGUGUCAGUGAUCAACGGGCAGGACGACAGUCUGCUUCCUCAGAGCUACAGCAAGGGCAUCAUGCACAUGAAACACUUGGUCCGCUUCAAAACCGUAAGUCGACCACUGACUGACUGACUGUCUCAGAUCUGCAAACAUUCAAGGGUUAGUGCCAAAGGAAAGGGGUAUGGAGUGAUUUUGGACCAGGCGUAUGAAUCAUAUUCCCAAGGGGUUCGUUUUCAAAAGAACAUCAAACUUUUAAAGACUAUUCACUUACAGUACAUAUUUCAAUGUGUCUGUUCUGUAGUCUGAGGCCCAAGAGUUGACCAUAGUGAAGAUGUCUAAGUUCGGCGGGGGGAUUGGGGCUCCCAGUAAAGAGGAGCGACUGAGAGACGCAGCAGAGAUCCAUCUCAGACUGGGGCAGAUCCAGAGAUACUGUGAACUCAUGGUGGAACUGGGAGAGGUAAUGGACUGAUUCAUUAUAGGCCCUAGGCUACACUCUUAGAAAAAAAGGGUUCCAAAAGGGUUCUGCGGCUGUCCCCAUAGGUAGAACCCUUUUUGGUUCCAGGUAGAACCCAUUUUGGUUAGAACUAUUUUUGGUACUAGAUUGCACCUUUUUCUAAGAGUGUAUAACAACUAUGAGUGUAUCAGGAACAAUAUAUGGACUCAUAAGGCAUUGCAGUAUGUCAAUGAAAGUGUUACCAUUAACAAUCACAGCAUUAAUUGCUGUACAUAAUGAUGAUGUUUGUCUUGUUUUCUGUAUUUGCCAGUGGGACAAGGCAUUGUCAGUUGCCCCUGGUGUAUCCAUAAAGUAUUGGAAGAAACUAAUGCAAAGGUAUGUUUUGAGGUAGUUUAUCAACCUUAUUCAAGAGUCAUGUUAUGGUUACAGUUCCAUUUUUGUCAUUUAGCAGGACGCUCUUAUCAUUAACCAAUGCAUGUGUCCUCGUAGGAGAGCUGACCAGCUGAUGCAGGAAGAAAACCAUGAUGUCAUCCCGUACUGCAUUGCCACGGGAGACGUGAGGAAGCUGGUCAACUUCUUUACUGCCAGGGGUCAACUGAACGAGGCGCUGCUAGUGGCUCAGGUAUGACGACAUUGACAGCCUAUGAUUAAUUAAUUCAUUAGAAAACAAAGUAACAUAAUAUAAAAAUUGUAUUGGUUACAAUUGGAACCCCUGUUCUCUGAAGGAGAGAACAAGAUACUACCAUGCUAAUUGACCUAUUUGGAUUGAUAAAGGUUCAUUCACCCAAAUUGCUGUCAUAUGUCAUAACUUGGUUGUUGUUCUUGUAUAGGGAGCUUGUGAAGGCAACAUCCACGUGCCUCAGACCGCCGUAAUCAACCACACAGCCACUACAGACAGUGACGACAUAGAGGCAUAUAACGGGUGUGUCCUUUUCACAUGAAAAUACACCAUUUGCCUAAUUUUGGUGUGUUCCACAACAAACGUAAUCACUAUCCUGUCCAUGGUGCAUUGCAUCCAUACCGGGCAACUGAAUAUCCCCUCAUGACCCCAGGCUUGUGUGGCUCAAGUGUAAUCUCUCUUGUUCCAGGCUGCUGCAGUGUGUAUGUAAGGAGCUAGCGGAGUGGUAUUUCCAAGAUGGCCGUGCUGUGCUGGCGGCGUGCUGUCACCUGGCUGUUGACAACACUGAGGUAAACACACAGACUCUGUAUGUUCUCUUGUAAUACACACAUAAUAUUCACUGUUCCGUAUGCUAAUUGUUCACCUCAAACCUAAAGCUGGUCAUGAGCUACCCUCCCGCAAAAGCCUACCUACAGAGCACUAAUGCCUAUGAAUGUGAACAUAAAUGUAGAUAUUUAGUAGAUGCAUAACUUAUCAUGUUGUUGUGUGUUCCCCACAGCUAGCCAUGGCCAGUCUAAUCCGGGGUAAUGAGCUGGAGCUGGCUGUGUGUGUAGGGCUGGUGUUGGGAGAAUCAGCCAAUCAGGCCACUCACUACGUCCUGGAGCUACUAGCCAGGAAGUACAUGACCGCACCCACCUGGUAAGAGCCAAUUACAACUCUCCAUGAGAGGGCUACUGUACAUAACAGGCUAGAUUAUAUAUAUAUAUUCUCCAUAUGAUUGAGAAUCAAAUCAAAUCAAAUCAAAUCAAAUUUUAUUGGUCACAUGCGCCGAAUACAACAGGUGCAGACAUUACAGUGAAAUGCUUACUUACAGCCCUUAACCAACAGUGCAUUUAUUUUAAACAAAAAAAGUAAGAAUAAAACAACAACAAAAAAGUGUUGAGAAAAAAAAAAGAGCAGAAGUAAAAAAUAAAGUGACAGUAGGGAGGCUAUAUAUACAAUAGAAUAAAGUGACAGUAGGGAGGCUAUAUAUACAGGGGGGUACCGUUGCAUAGUCAAUGUGCGGGGGCACCGGCUAGUUGAGGUAAUAUGUACAUGUGGGUAGAGUUAAAGUGACUAUGCAUAAAUACUUAACAGAGUAGCAGCAGCGUAAAAAGGAUGGGGUGGGGGGGCAGUGCAAAUAGUCCGGGUAGCCAUGAUUAGCUGUUCAGGAGUCUUAUGGCUUGGGGGUAGAAGCUGUUGAGAAGUCUUUUGGACCUAGACUUGGCACUCCGGUACCGCUUGCCGUGCGGUAGCAGAGAGAACAGUCUAUGACUAGGGUGACUGGAGUCUUUGACAAUUUUGAGGGCCUUCCUCUGACACCGCCUGGUAUAGAGGUCCUGGAUGGCAGGGAGCUUUGCCCCAGUGAUGUACUGGGCCGUACGCACUACCCUCUGUAGUGCCUUGCGGUCAGAGGCCAAGCAGUUGCCAUACCAGGCGGUGAUGCAACCAGUCAGGAUGCUCUCGAUGGUGCAGCUGUAGAAUUUUUUGAGGAUCUGAGGACCCAUGCCAAAUCUUUUUAGUCUCCUGAGGGGGAAUAGGCUUUGUCGUGCCCUCUUCACGACUGUCUUGGUGUGUUUGGACCAUGAUAGUUCGUUGGUGAUGUGGACACCAAGGAACUUGAAGCUCUCAACCUGUUCCACUACAGCCCCGUCGAUGAGAAUGGGGGCGUGCUCAGUCCUCUUUUUUUUCCUGUAGUCCACAAUCAUCUCCUUUGUCUUGGUCACGUUGAGGGAGAGGUUGUUGUCCUGGCACCACACGGCCAGAUCUCUGACCUCCUCCCUAUAGGCUGUCUCAUCGUUGUCGGUGAUCAGGCCUACCACUGUUGUGUCGUCGGCAAACUUAAUGAUGGUGUUGGAGUCGUGCCUGGCCAUGCAGUCAUGGGUGAACAGAGAGUACAGGAGGGGACUGAGCACGCACCCCUGAGGGGCCCCCGUGUUGAGGAUCAGUGUGGCAGAUGUGUUGUUACCUACCCUUACCACCUGGGGGCGGCCCGUCAGGAAGUCCAGGAUCCAGUUGCAGAGGGAGGUGUUUAGUCCCAGGAUCCUUAGCGAGAGAGAAUGUACAGAUCGCAUUUGUUUAUCAUCUCCAUCCUCUCAUUUCUUGUAGCUUUCCAUCAGUUGGAAGCAGGUAUUAUACAUUUUUCAUGUAUCAUAACCAUAAGUUUAAUGCGAUAAAGGAUUUGACUUUAUUCUGGUUUGAUUUGCAUCUUUUGUUCCAUCCGUUUGUAUCUGGUCUUGUACAGUACAUUACCUCAUUCAUAAAGACUGCUUAGGUUUUCAGAGGGAUGUGUGGAUGUGUCCUCUGCAAUCCAACAACUAGACUAAUGUCACCACCCUUCUCCUUCCCAGGGACCUGGCAGCUGAUCUUCUCCAGAUGAUCCCAGACAACGAGGUCCUGCUGGCCAAGCUGUGUGCCUUCUACCCUGGGAGCUCCUCAGAGAUAAACCAAAUCCAUAAAAAAGUUGGUGCAGAAAUUCAACGAAAAUUCUCUGUUGAGCAUUCUUUUAAGUCAUGCUUUUUAGUCCAAACUGGGUCCGGGAAACCAGUCCUAAUUGUUUAAACAGAAGAACAUACAAAUAGACCUAUCUACAAUAUGACAUGAAAAUGUCAACAACAACAUUUAAUGAAAAAAUUUAUGUUAAUAAUGGGGGGUGUUGUUUCAGUGUGGUCUUCCCAGUCUGGAGGAAUGUCAGGCAUUGGCUGAGUCUGCUGUCAGCGAGGGAGACAUAUUCAAUGCUGUCAAGUACUAUCUACUGAGUCCAGAACCCGAGGCAGCCCUGCUUGUUGGCAUCACCCACGUCAAAGAACAACUGAGUGAUUCUGACUGGACCGUAGACUCUGUCCAUCCUAUCCUGGACCUUCUGGGUUACAUUAGAACGGACCGGCUCAUACUUGCCAAGUUCACUGAGUAAGUGAAUGGAAAACACAAUGUGUGAGACAACGUCACCUGGGUCUAGGCAGGUAGCCUAGCGGUUAAGAGCUUUGGGCCAGUAACUGAAAGGUUGAUGGUUCGAAUCCCUGAGCCGACUAGGUGAAAAAUCUGUCAAUGUGCCCUUAAGCAAGGCACUUAACCCUAAUUGCUCCUGUAAGUCACUCUGGAUAAGAGCGUCUGCUAAAUGUGAGAGGAAGGUUAAGAAUACUGCUAUAGAUUGGCCAUCAGCCCUCUCACCUUGGAUGUUCUUAUUGUGUUAUAGAGCUCGAAGUGAGCUGCUCAUCCUAUCUGGUUACAUCGGUGCACUGUUGGCCAUCAGAAGACAAUACUCCAGCAUCGUUCCUGCACUUUAUGAGUAUACCAGGUAAGAUGCAAAAGCCACCGUAUGGAACACUUUCUAAAUGUCUAUGUUGAACCUACAUCACCUAAUUCUUCAAUGUUGAAUUUAAAGCCCUAUCUCUGACCUCUCACCUUCCUCCCCAGUCAGUUGAUGAAGAGGAGAGAGGUGUCUGUUCCCCUACAGAUAGAGCAACUCUCUGUAGAGCUGGAGGCAUGGAUGGCCUGCACACCUUCUCUCAUCAAGUGAGUAGAAGAAUUGUCUUGUCAAUCCAUGACACUGAUACACUCUACUCUGGCCUGGCCCGGAUGUUAGUCAUCACAUAUUGGACUAGCAAACUCAAGACAGUUUGAGGUUCAAAGUCUGACAUUAAAACACACCGGUGUCUACAUGUCUGAAUCGUUUGAUUCUGUCUCCAUGCCUUCCAGCUCCAGGGGUCCUGAUGAUGCUCCCUACACCCCUCCGUCAGAGGCGCAGAAGGCAGAGCACGCCCGCCUGCUAGACAGGCUCCAGAAGGAGCCACUCAGGGGCCUGGAGGGGCCCGACUAUGUCACAGGCUCCAACCUGCCCAGCCAUUCUGACGUCCAGGUCUCCUGCUUUACCGGACUCAGGAUUCAGGUCAGCCUCAAGCAAUCAACCAAUUAAUAAAUCAAAGUGUAUUCAGAAAGAUACAUUCAGAAAUAUAUUGGUCACAAAGGGACAGUUUCGAGGACACAGAAUUGGGUCCAGGACUAGGUUUAAUCUGGGUCAGGGAAACAAAGGGCUCAGCAGCAACUCAGACCCAAACCACCAUGCUUUCUAACCCCUUACAAAGAGGGCCAUGCUAUAUAUAGCCCAUGAGUGGUUACUAUUUGUAGUCCCCUAGUGGUGGGUAAUCACUAAAUGGGUGGUAAUCAGUAAACUGCUGCUCAAGCUGUCUCCACUGCGAUGAUUUGAAGUGCCUUUCUGCUUGAAGUGUGUCUCAGUCACUUCCUCAGCUGAUUCAAGGGGAGAAAGAUGACGUUACUUCAACCUUUAAACUGUUGUGCUUUUAUUUUCUUCACUCAGGGCCCUGUGUUUUUCCUUGAGGACGGUAAAUCGGCCAUAUCAUUGAACGAUGCCCUUAUGUGGGCCAAAGUGAACCUUUUCUCACCUCUGGGGACGGGUGUCCGUCUCGACCCCUUCUAAGACACAGCCUAGCCAAUGAGGACGGGCUACAGGACUAAUGGCAUUUGAUUGGUCAGCCUCCGAGGCCAAGGUCACAUGAUGGUAAAAGGUCAACGUCAGGACCGACACCUGCUCUCCCUGAGAGAUAGAAGGAAGAAGGGAUGGACGUUCCAGAACGGAAGAAGAGAGAUGGAUGGAAGAAAGCGACAAACAAAUAUGCUUAAAAUUAGUUCUCUCCUCCACUAUGUGCUUUUUCUAUGUGGUUUACAAUGUGUGCAGCACAAGUCAUCCAGUCAACAGUAUUACAGCUUCUUAUAGAAAACGUGUUGCCGUACUUAGACACUGACAAAGAGUGUUUGCAUGGUUGAAACGGGUUAUAGUGUUGCUAUGUGGGAGCGAGACCAUUGCAGUACUUCUCUGUCUUGUUUUAGACACGCCAUCACAUGCACGUCAGUCCACAGACAGACAAGUCGACGAGCUAUAUGAUUCUUAUUAUACUCAUGAUCAUAGCACCAGCAUCAUUUGAUUGAUGAAUACCAUAUUUGUGUUGUAUUGCUGUUGGUUUAACGUUGCGCAAUGUUGCAUCAUCAUUUCUGUUUGUAACAGAAAUCCGCCAGCACACACACAGGUACAAGAGCAAAGCAUAUGAUGAUCUAGGCCUACAGUGGUAGUUGAUCGAAAGCAAACAUAGUUGUUAGCCUUUUAUUUAGCUUAGCAUCAAUCAACCAAAUAAUUGAUGUAGGACUUGAUUGCUUUCUCAUUAAAACAGCUUAGCAGCAUCGUGUCUGUACAGUACCGUGUUUGACUGUGAAUGUAUAAGACUUCUGCUCGACCAAAAAUAAGGAUGUGGACAUGUAAAAUUGUCAAUUAUCCUGUGAAUAGGUUAUUGUAUUGCACAUAAGACUGUAAUUCCUGUUGAGUUGCGCAGAACUGUAUCAGGGAUCACAGUUGCUAGCUAGAAGGGGAGGUAGUUGGUACUGUACAAGGCUAGAAUAAUAGCUGUUAUGAUACUGGAUCCAUAGAAUUAUAAUUUAUAUUCUAUGGUUGGGUCGAUGCUUUAGAAUGUCUCUGAGUCUCGUCGGCAUUACACCGUCAUAAUCAUUCGUAGCCAUCACCUGACUGCAGAAUUUGUAGUGAUUUCGUAUUGAUGAUAAGCUUCUGCAUGGAAUUCAUUAUUACAAUCAAUAUUUGGCAGACAGGGUGACAACCUGCUAAGACUAGCUAACUUAUAUGUUAAAUAAUAUGCCAUUAAACAGAAAGCUAUGAUAAAAAGAAGGCAAUAUUUGAGAAUCCUUUUGCUUUUGAAACACAGACUUGAAUAAAUAGGCUAAUUAAGAAAUUAAAUACCUGAAGGUUGUGCCUUAAGAAAGUAGAAAACGAUUUGUUACAUCUUUAUCACUGCAACAUACAGUAUAUUGGAAAGUAGGUACAUUCAUGUAAAUAGAAUAGGUUUUCUUCCUCCUGCUUAAUGAAACAAACAUUUAUUCAGAUCAUUUGUAAUUGUGUUGUAAUUUUUUAAAUAAUGUAUUGAUAUUACUUUUCCACCUACACUACUGUUCAAAAGUUUGGG